AUGUUUAACAGUGUUGCUACCGCUUGUGCUGUUGUGUUGGUGUGCAGUGUAUACCACUCAAAAGGUUCCAUUGAUGGGACUCAAUCGAACGUCAUAGUCCAAAAGGAUAAAGUUACAAACACUACAGAGAGGACCUCAAGAUCCUUGCAUAAGGAAUGCAACAGUAGCCUAAGCGCCAAAUGCCUAAAAAUUCAAGUACUCUUCUUCUUGGAAGACCUGAGCUCUCGCGAUGAGCUCACCCUGCUUCCUGGAUUAAGUAUAGUGAAGGAGAAUCAAACAUCAAAUAACGUAAGCCCUGAGGAAAUGGCGGCGGAGCUAUCCCGCCAGUUCCCAGGAAAAUCAGAUGAAAAACUGAACCGAUUCCUGGUAUAUCGACUUCAGGAUUACUUGGAUGGACACUCUUUGAGAUACAAGCUCUUGGAUCCGCAGACAUCGAAGGAGGCUCUGGAAAUGGCGAAAGGAGAUAGGGAGUCCGUUGGGCGCAAGAAAGACGGAGGCUUGGGAGGUGGCAAAGGAGGGGGCGGUGGUGCGUUACUUGCUGCUGCAUUAAUGAUGAAGGGUGCAUUAGCUGCGGCCGCUAUGGGGGCAUUAGCUUUAUUGGCGGGAAAGGCGUUAAUGGCUGCGUUAAUGUCACUCCUGCUGACGGCACUAGUCGGACUCAAGGGUCACGGAGGUCACAAAUCCACUACAUAUGAAAUCAUCACCAAACCAGAAGUCUCUCAUCACCACUCCCACAGUCACGAGGAGCGUCAUGAACACGAUCACGGCCACCAUGGAGGAUAUCGCAGGGCUUACGACGCUGACUACAACAGCUAUAUGCCAUACGAAAACACAAGCUAA